AUGAGAAUAUACAGGUGUUGGUUUUGUUCGAGUCCAAUAUACCCUGGUCACGGGAUUCUAUUUGUAAGAAAUGACUGUAAAGAAUUCCGUUUCUGUAGAGGAAAGUGUCAUAAAGCGUUUAAAAAGCAUAAAAAUCCUCGCAAAGUAAGAUGGACUAAAGUUUCCAGAAGAGUUCGCGGGAAAGAACUAACUGAUGACCUUUCCCAAACAUUUGAGAGGAAGCGAAAUUCAUUACUGAAGUAUGAACGAGCAGCAGUUCAAAAAAUCGCCAAAAGAAAACGUGAACUAAUGGAUAUUGAUUCUGAAACAGAUUUGUCAGAAGAGGAAACAAUGGACCUUUCAUUUACUGAACUCGAGAAGGAGACAAGUAAAAGAAAAGCAGUUGAUAAGUCAAAAACUCGUGUCAAGAAACAAAAAAUCGCUUUGGAAGCUAGCUGA